GGCGUCUAUUUAAGAGGCAGACAACCGUAGGAGGAACCAUUCUUCUCUCCGUCUCCGCUCAGGCCAAGGACGACUGCCUUUACCAUAGAACCAUAAUGAACGUAACACACUGGGCGCUGGCCCUCCUGCUGGCGCUGAUGGGGGUCCUCACCUCAGUCAGCGCUGAACCCGCCCCUGACCCCGAGCCCUUCAAGAAAAGGAAAGGAGGUCACUACUAUCGCCCAGUCAUAGUGAUGCGCAGCUACGGUGGCGGCUACGGGGGCGGACACGGCGGCGGCGGUUACGGAGGUGGAAAGGGAAAGGGCGGUGGCAUUUUCAAAGGUGGAUUUGGCGGUGGACUCUUCAAGGGUGGAAAGGGUAAAGGCGGAGGCGGCUACGGAGGUGGAAAGGGAAAGGGCGGUGGUGGAUAUGGUGGUGGAAAGGGUAAAGGCAAGGGUGGCGGCUUUUUCAAAGGCUUCCGUGGACUCUUCAAAGGCGGAAAAGGUAAGGGCGGCGGAGGCUAUGGCGGCGGAAAAGGCAAAGGCGGUGGAGGCUACGGAGGCGGCGGACAUGGAGGCGGUGGCUAUGGCGGCGGCGGCUAUGGCGGUGGACAUGGAGGCGGCGGCUAUGGCGGUGGACAUGGAGGCGGCGGCUAUGGCGGUGGACAUGGUGGCGGCGGCUAUGGCGGUGGAUAUGGAGGCGGCGGCGGCUACGGGCGGUAAGGAUGCACCAUCACAACACCAUGAGGACUUCACGUGACACCUUAAGUACCAUAACCAUAUUGGGCCACUGACUACAAGCACUCCAAGGGGAACAGUCAUCCUCCUCUCCCCCACCCCCCUCUUCCUCCUCCUCUUCCUCCUCCCCAACAUGGACGUAAACACAACACUGGCUCCCACCUACUAAGAACCUGCGUCUCUUAAUUAAUCAUUCAUACGUCAAAAAAAUAUCAAAACUCUAUUUCAGCGAUCUAUUUCACAUCUACUUAUUCUUGAGAGGUUAAGAAUAUUUUCGUCAUUCUUGUUCAGAGGGAAAAUUUUACAGUAUAGUCAUUGAUAUAUAUUUUGAAUUGUAGUUUAUUUUAUUACCUGGAUAUAAUUACAAGCUUUUAAGUGUAAUUUUAUGGCCUUUAAGUUCCAUCACCUUUAAGCUUCGUUCCACAGUUUGUAAGUUCUAUUUCACCCGUUCCAUCAUCUGCAAGUUCUGUUUCACCCGUUAUAUCGCCUGCAAGUUCUGUUCCACCCGUUCCAUCAUUUGCAAGUUCCGUUCCAUCCGUUCCAUCGCCUGCAACUUCUGUUCCGCCCGUUCCAUCGCCUGCAAGUUCCGUUCCACCCGUUCCAUUACCAACAAGUUCCGUUCCAUCCGUUCCAUCACCUUUAAGUUCCGAGCCAUCCGUUCCAUCACCUGCAACUUCUGUUCCACCCGUUCCAUCACCUGCAAGUUCCGUUGAUUUGCUUUAUUUUCACUUGUUAAAGCUGGAAAUUCAAAGUUUUCCUCACUUGUUCAAAGCUGAAAGUUCAAAAUAUCUCUUCCAUACAUUUGUUCAUACCUGGAGCCUUGGAGAGUCUCCCUAACACCUGUUCAUAAUAAUUGUUCUUAGUUCAUUUAGUUUUUCUCAACUGAAACUACAAUAUUUCGUCACCUUACAAAUGACAUCAAGCAGUCUUUCUCUAUAGUCUAUAUCGCAGAUAACUUCCCUAUAGUCAGGUAGAUAUCUUACGUUGUCAUUUUAUCUAGGUAUUCCUAUAAAUUACUAAAUGAAAAAGGAAUAUCCCAUCCACAUUCACACACUGAAAGAAUUAAAUCUGGUUCUAAGAUCUCUAAACUCAAAAGAUACUAAGACAUUUUUGCCAGCAUCACAGACGUAGCCUGAGUGUUUGCUUAUAUUUGUGCCCGAUGAGUCUUGUCUUCAUGUCAGUCACAGGUGCCCGAUGGGUCUUGUCUUCAUGUCAGUCACAGGUGCCCGAUGGGUCUUGUCUUCAUGUCAGUCACAGGUGCCCGAUGAGUCUUGUCUUCAUGUCAGUCACAGGUGCCCGAUGGGUCUUGUCUUCAUGUCAGUCACAGGUGCCCGAUGGGUCUUGUCUUCAUGUCAGUCACAGGUGCCCGAUGGGUCUUGUCUUCAUCUUGUCUACGUUGUGAAUUGUAUUUUUGUUUGUCUAUCCAAUAUUUGUAAAUUUUGUUUAUAAUAAGAUAUGUGAAAAAUAUUA